UCGUGGCGCACACAAUCAGAAGUACCGCACAAUAAAAAUAGUAGUCCUGUCUUUGGUUGGGAUUUUUUUUUUCUUUUUUAUUUCUUUCAACACUGUAUUCAGUUUCUUUUCCUUGUUCCUCACUCACUAAUACCAUGAAAUCCUUCAUCACUACCGCUGCUGCCGUUUGGUUGUCUUUGACUUACGUGUCUGCUCAAAUUACCUCCUCAACCGGUAACUUCAACGUUACAAAUCCUGUUGAAAACCAAACCUAUGUCACUGGUCAACAGCUCCCCAUUACAUGGCGUCUCCUUGGCACCAGUGAUUUCUCAUCCCUUCAAUUGGAAAUUGUCCUCACCAACACGCUCUCGGGCAACUACAGCGAGACUGUCAUCAUGGCGCAAGCUGAUGUGUCCGCCAGUAACCAGCAAACCGCCAAUAAUGUUACCUUUUACGAGCAUUCACUCAACUACCCUAUUCCUGCAACUGCUCCUCUCGGUAAUUACAAUGUCAUUUUCAUGUCCAAGGAUACCAGCACCAACACCACUGUUCCUAUCCAAAUCAUUGCUCCUGCCGCAACAUCCUCUUCUGUAGCCGCUCCUAGCAGCUCUGCAGGCGCUGCAGCUUCAGGAACUUUGACAGCUAGCUCCAGCAACCCAUUCGCUUCCAAAGCUGACAAGGUUUCGCCAAUCCAAAUGGCUGGUUUCACUCUGGCCGCCAUAGGUGCUGUUGCCGCCAUCGUCUUUUAAAAAGGAACUCAACUUGUUUCCUCAAUUUCUCAUACACAUGUAUUUUUCUUCUCAGCUGAGCGAGCCAUGCGAUAUUUUGCACCCCACCCCCAUAACAGCAUAUCUUUUUUUUUUCUUGCCCUCUAAUUAUCUCGUUCUUCUUCUAAAAAGUAGCCAUAGCUCGUUUUUACUUUUUACUCAAUUGUAUAAUGUUGCGUGAUAGGGUUUUUUACUUUUUCCUGAUCAAUUAUUAUUAAAUCACACCUUCGAGCUUUCCAAGUUUAGCCUAGGCGGUGGACGAAAAACCUUGUUACAGACAGAAAUAUAUGCAUCG